CAGCUGAAAAGGCAAUAAGCAACUCAUAAAAUAUAGCACUGUCUGUCUGUCUGUGCACCGAAGAGACGACUUUCAAGUUACCUCAGUUUUAGUUCAUCUCUUCAGUAAUUUUUGCAUUUUCGUUUUUUAAUUUUAUUGAAAACCAAAUUGUGAUAUUUCUCAAGCAAUUCAAAAAAUGUUUACUCUCAGGAAUACCGCCAAAUUAGGAUUAAACUUAAGGAGCAAACGAUCGAUAGCGAGCUUAUCGGCGCUCUCCGAGACGCAUCAGAUGCUGCAAAAAACCUGCCGCGACUUCGCCGAUAAUGAGCUGAUCCCGGUAGCGGCCAAAAUCGACCGAGAGCAUCUCUAUCCGGCCGAGCAGAUCGAGAAGAUGGGUGAACUGGGACUGAUGGCCGUUGCCAUCGAUGAGAAAUACGGGGGAACCGGUUUGGACUAUUUGGCAUACGCUAUCGCCAUGGAGGAGAUCUCCCGUGGAUGCGCUUCGGCCGGAGUGAUCAUGUCGGUGAACAACUCUCUAUAUCUGGGUCCGGUCGAUCGCUAUGGGAAUGAGGAACAGAAGCAGAAGUAUGUGGUUGGUUAUACCGAUGGCAAGAAGGUGGGAUGCUUCGCUCUGUCAGAACCUGGUAAUGGAUCGGAUGCAGGCGCAGCAUCUACGGUAGCUGUAUUGAAAGGUGAUCGAUGGGUUCUGAACGGAACGAAGUGUUGGAUUACGAACGCAUACGAAGCCGAGAGCGCUGUAGUCUUUGCCACCACGGACAAGAGCCUUAAACACAAAGGCAUCUCCGCUUUCAUAGUUCCGCGAGGCGCCUCCGGAUUCACCCUUGGCAAGAAAGAGGACAAACUGGGAAUUCGAGGCUCCUCAACGGCCCAACUGAUAUUCGAAGACUGCGAAAUCCCCAAAGAAAACUUGCUCGGCGAACCCGGUUUCGGGUUCAAAAUUGCCAUGCAAACCCUGGAUGCAGGUCGCAUCGGUAUCGCCAGUCAAGCCCUGGGAAUCGCUCAGGCAUCUCUCGAAUGUGCCGUCGACUACGCCAACAAACGUAUAGCAUUCGGCAAACCCAUCUCGAAACUUCAGGCCAUCCAGCAAAAGAUCGCCGACAUGUCGCUGAAUCUGGAAUCGGCUCGCCUGCUCACGUGGCGCGCCGCAUGGCUCAAGGACAACAAGAAGCCGUACACUAAGGAGGCGGCCAUGGCUAAACUGGCUGCGUCGGAAGCGGCCACCUUCUGUUCCCACCAAUGCAUCCAGGUGUUGGGUGGAAUGGGCUACGUGUCGGAUAUGCCGGCCGAACGGCAUUAUCGUGACGCGAGAAUCACCGAGAUUUACGAGGGCACCUCGGAAAUUCAACGGUUGGUCAUUGCGGGACAGAUUAUCAAGGAACUGUCCGCAUAGGGACGUUUUUUGGCUGUGGUUCGGUUUCAAUUUGCGAUUGAUUAAUGUUCUGUCUUUAAGUUAUGUUCAAUGGUUUAGAUAAGUGUAUAAAUAUGCAUAACAACAUAUCAAGUUUUUGAAAAGUCCAUAUCUAUGGAAUUCUGAAAGAAAGUACUGGUCAAAAUUUCGUCAUAUUUUAUAUGCAAUUUUUUGUUUGUUUUUUACUUGUAGAUUGAAUUUCAUUCAAAUUCAUUGUAAAGUUAAUCACAUACAUGCUAUGGAACCGUUUCGUUGCACAAAAUAACGGAUGAUUUCGUACUUGAAACGAACAUUUUCAUUUGCAGAGAAAUAUUGAGAUAUUACUGUAGAUACUUAAGAAAAAUAAAUGAAUUUAGCGAGGGAAUUGAGAAAAUA